CACUCCAAAAGCACAAGCAGUUACAGUCUCUACUAGGAACAUGAAUUUUGUAAAACUAAUGAUUACAACAGGGAUAACUCAGAACAAUAAAUUGUUAGUGAGAAAAUCCACCCACUCACCCAGUAAUGUAGAACUGCAACCUAAGCUCAGAGAAGACAAGGAAGUUUGAGUAGGAUGUCAGAUUACAUUAUUGUCUCUGUUAACCAAAAAAAAAUUCUACUGUUCAAUUGUUGAGGCUUGAUUCUAAUACACUAGUGAGCCAGUAAUAGUAAUAGGAGCUAGAGUUUUAAAAUUAUAUUUAGAAUAGCUGCAAGACCAGAAUAUACGAUGGGUUCCAUUCCCGAAUCAUAUCUUGGCAUGAAUGCAUUUAAUGUAUGAAUAGAAUAGAUUUGAUUGGAUGUGCAUAGCUAUACAGCUCAUGAAAAAGUAACCAGGUUUAUACAAUGCAGACAUACCAAAGGAGACUGUAAACAAUUGUUUGGGGAAGAGCAAAGGGGAGGGGGAAAUGCAUAGAAUAGAAUUAGCUAGAACAACCAUUUUUUUCGAGAGUACCUAAAUCUUUGGAUUAACACUUACUUUACUUAUAUUUUCUCUCCUUUUCCCCAGGAAAUUCAAAAACUACAGGAGAAGGUGAAAAUUCAAAUUCUAAUGUGGACUGUCUGCUGAACUUCAUCUACUGAUGUGUGACUGAGAGGCCAAAUCCUGCCUUGCCAUAUUUGUGUGAAUAGUCACAGAGUCCAAUGCAUGAAUUAACAUGGGGUUUACAGUUUCCUGCGCAUCCUACAAGGGCAUGGCUGCUGUGAAAGGAUUUCAUGCAUAUCUCGGUUUGAUACAAUGACUGACUCUGCUUUUUGUCUGGAUAAUUUGUUUUUUGAAGGACCAAGCGGAAAGCAAAUAUCUCUAGAAAAUGAAGAGCCAACCAACUGGUAUCUUGCACCUGUUCCAUCUGCUUUUGAAAUCCCACCCACCCAAGAGCUACAAAUGGAACUGGAAAAAAAUAACCAAAAAGCUUGUCAACUGUCUUGUUGGAACCCAUCAGAAAAUAAAGUAUUAAUUAACUUUCCAGAAGAAAUCGGUGAUGAAAGUGUCUGCUCAAAAUUCAGGAAAAGCUUAUUUAAACAAACCAAUUAUACAUACGGAAAUCCAAGCAACACAAAGAGAACAAAUGCCAAUAAAGAAACGGACACAUAUUGUAGUAUUGCUACACAUGAAGAGAUGAACAUAGAUCUGUGGAAAAAUAAUAUGCAGAUAGCGCAAUAUUCAGAUUUUAAUCUGCUUAAUGUAAAUGAUAUUUUAUCUGCUUCUGCAAAUGGAAAGGGAAUUGAAAAUGCAUACUCAUUUCCCUGUGUUUCAAAGACUUCUAGUGUGGAAGGGGUACCUGAAAAGGAAUUUAAGGCUUUGAGGCCUGUGACUGAAAUCCCUGCUCAGUUUAGAAAUAUUUUCAAGGAGUUCCCUUAUUUCAAUUAUAUUCAGUCCAAAGCUCUUGAUGAUCUUCUUUAUACAGACAGAAAUUUUGUAAUCCGUGCACCCACAGGUUCUGGAAAAACUGUAAUGUUUGAGCUGGCAAUUACCAGGUUAUUAAUUAGGGUGCCAAUGCCUUGGUUAAAUAUUAAAAUUGUUUAUAUGGCUCCAAUAAAAGCUCUCUGCAGUCAACGUUCUGAUGACUGGAAAGAAAAAUUUGGGCCCAUUGGACUCAUCUGUAAGGAACUAACAGGAGACACUGCUAUGGAUGAUUUAUUUGAAAUACAACAUGCUCACAUUAUUUUGACUACACCAGAAAAGUGGGAUAGCAUGACAAGAAAGUGGAGGGAUAACUCCUUAGUUCAGCUAGUAAGACUGAUCCUCAUUGAUGAGGUUCAUGUUGUGAAAGAUGAGAGCCGAGGUGCUACGCUUGAGGUUGUGGUCAGCCGGAUGAAGACUGUUCAAUCCUUUCUUUCAUGUGGCUCUGAGAGUUCUGACUUAGUGCUUUCAAUGAGAUUUGUGGCAGUUUCUGCAACAAUCCCAAAUGCAGAAGAUAUUGCGGAAUGGCUUUCAGAUGGCAAGGGGCCUGCUAUAUGUCUGAAGAUAGAUGAAAGAUACCGACCAGUGAAGCUUCGGAAAGUAGUGCUUGGAUUUCCCUGCAGUAGCAACCAAACAGAAUUCAAAUUUGACUUAACACUUAACUACAAAGUAGCUAGUGUAAUUCAAGCGUAUUCUGAACAAAAGCCGACCCUUGUGUUCUGUGCCACGAGGAAAGGAGUUCAGCAAGCUGCUUCUGUACUAGCUAAAGAUGCUAAAUUUAUUAUGAAUGUGGAACAGCUAGAAAGGUUGCAAAAGUGUGCCAAAUUAGUAAAAGAAGCCAGGCUGAGGGAGCUCUUGAUCUGUGGAAUAGCUUAUCAUCAUGCUGGAGUAGAGGUGUCUGAUAGAAAAAUCAUUGAAGCAGCCUUUAAUAUGGGAGACAUACCAGUUCUUUUUACUACCAGCACCCUUGCUAUGGGAGUGAAUUUACCAGCACACCUGGUAAUUAUAAAAUCAACAAUGCAUUAUGCUGGAGGAAUGUUUCAGGAGUACAGUGAAACUGAUAUUUUGCAAAUGAUUGGAAGAGCAGGAAGACCUCAAUUUGAUACAACAGCUACAGCAGUUAUCAUGACAAGGCUAAGUACAAGAGAUAAAUAUGUUCAGAUGUUAAAUGGUGCCGAUACAAUAGAAAGCAGCUUGCACAUGCAUCUUAUUGAACACUUAAAUGCUGAAGUAGUGCUGCAUACCAUAACUGAUGUGAACAUCGCUUUAGAAUGGAUACGAUCGACCUUCCUUUACAUCAGAGCUUUGAAAAAUCCAGCUUAUUAUGGAUUUUCAGCUGGACUAGACAGAAAUGGAAUUGAAGAAAAGUUGCAAGAAUUAUGUUUGAAGAACCUGAAUGAUUUGUCAUCAUUUGAUUUGAUCAAGAUGGAUGAAAAACUCUAUUUCAAGCCAACAGAGACUGGACGAUUAAUGGCUUGGUAUUAUAUUGCCUUUGACACCAUGAAAAACUGUUUCAUGAUUAAAGGGACUGAGACUUUAUCUGAGCUGGUCGCAUUGAUAUCCAGCUGCAGUGAAUUUUCAGACAUCAAGUUACGAACAAAUGAGAAAAAAACACUGAAUACUUUGAAUAAAGACAAGAACAGGCCAACUAUAAGAUAUCCAAUGGAAGGAAAAAUAAAAACAAGAGAAAUGAAAGUGAAUUGUCUCAUUCAGUCACAACUAGGAUGUUUGCCCAUUCAAGAUUUCACUUUGACACAAGAUAUAGGAAAGAUUUUCAGAAGUGGUACACGACUUACAAAAUGGUUGUCCGAAUUUCUGGCUUCUCGUGAAUACCACUUUUUGGUCUUAUUAAAUUCUUUGAUUUUAGCAAAGUGCUUCAAAUGUAGACUUUGGGAAAACUCAUUAUAUGUAUCUAUACAGCUUGAAAAAAUUGGUGUGAUGCUGUCAAGUGCAAUGAUGAAUGCAGGCCUGACAUCAUUUAAAAAAAUUGAAGAUACGAAUCCAAGAGAAAUUGAAUUGAUUUUGAAUAGGCAUCCUCCUUUUGGGAGUCAGAUUAAAGAAUCGGUAAUACAUCUUCCAAAAUAUGAACUCCAUGUAGAACAGCUGGGAAAUUACAGCGAAUCAGUAGCGGAAAUCCUAGUGACAGUCAUGCUAACCAACUUUGAACAGCUGCAGACAAAGAGAACCGCCCCAGAUUCUCACUAUGUAACCUUAAUAAUAGGAGAUGAUGAUAAUCAGGUGGUUUUUAAGCAAAAGAUCAUGGAUUCUGCUUUGCUGAAAAUUGGAAAAUGGACUAAAAAGGUUGAAGUGAGAAGAGCUAUUAAGUCUGAGGAGCUUAGCAUAAAUCUCAUCAGCUCUGAAUAUGUUGGAUUAGAUAUUCAGCAGAAAUUUAAAGCCCUUUAUUUGGGGCCAAAGGUGUUUGGAAAGCAAAUGGUGAUCAGACAUGGGAAAUUAGAAGAUAAUAACUAUCUGGCUUCACCAACAACAAAAAUCAAUAAAGAAGGUACUGGUAGACAAGAGAUCCUCAACAGAAAGCUUGCAAAUCGAAAGUGCAAUCAUCACUGCAAAAAUAAAGAUGGAUGUGGACAUGACUGUUGUAAAAUAGGAGUUUUACAGAAAUAUGACAUGAAGAGAGAGCCAGUGAUUUCUUCAUAUCUUACUGAUUUGAGAAACAGGAAUGCAGUAUCUACUGUUCCCCCAGUCAAACGAUUAAAGAUGCUGAUGUCAAAUCAAUCUCCAAAACUGGAUCUUAAACAUUUUAGUUAUACUCCUAAAUCUUUCCUUCCAAGAUUGCCAAGGAUGGAGUAUGCAGAAGAUUCAGGGUUCACUUUACCAGAAGAGAGAAAUAAGGCUGAUGUUCAUGAAAAAUUUCCACAGGAACCUGAAGGUUGCAGAUUGGAUGGUUUCUUUGUUGGCAAGCAGCCUGCAACUUUAAAUGAAAAAUUCCGUCAGACAAUGAUUUCAAACAACAAUCUCAAAGAUUCUUUCAUGAACAACUUGACAGAUGCAGAUAAAAGCAGUGCUUUGUUUUCAAAACCUUUGAAAGUGAACUUUGAAUUAGGGAAUGAGGUUUGGGAUGAUUACGAUGAUGGGAGUUUAGUCCAUGCUAGCACUUUUAUUGCUGAUAUGGAAACAACAAAAAAUUCAGAAUAUUCUCAUCUGGAAGCUAUAAACAUGUACCAAAAUUCAGUGAAAGCUAUAUCUUUUCCCCCAAAUACACCACAAAAACAAUUUAAAAGCUUUUCUGUAUUUAAAGAGAAACCUGAAUUCUGCACACAGAAGUCUGAUUCCCCAACACUGAGUCCUCCAUCAAAUGAAAAUUAUCUUGCAGGACAUGGAAGCAAAAAUUUAGGUUUUCAAGAAGAAUACAAUCCUCCACAAGAGAUGAAAUGUCCACAGUUUACUACAACCUCGGAAACAGCCUUGAGAUGUAGCCAAGCCACCACAAAGGGGGACUUUUUUAUCUGUAACAAAAGAAUGACAAAGGAGGCUGAUCUCAGGCACCAGCUUUUUGAUGAUGAUAUUAAACCUUUUCUUGGAAUAUUUGAUGGCAUUUUCUAAUGCCUGUAAACCCGAUACAUUGCCAGUAACAAAGAAUAAACCCUCAUUUUAAGUAGGAGAUCUUCAUUCACCAAGUCAGGAUUUUCUACUUUUUGAUUUAUAGCAGUUUAUUAAUAGUCAAUUUUGCUACAUGGACUACACAGUAAUAAUCAAAAUGCUAUAUGUUUUACAUGUGAUAGUUAAUGUACAAUGCAUCUUUAAUAGAUAUUUAAAUAUCUCUGUUUAUAUGAGGUUGUGGUUUGUAAGGCUAUAGAAUAUAAGAUUCGUUGAAAGCCUUUUAUUAAAGAGGAUUGCUUUUAGCCCAAGUCAUUUGUUUUACUCUGGAAAAUAAGAUUAUCUUUGUAAUAUGCAUCUCCUAAGUAAAUACAUUUUUGAACGACUCUUAUGUUACCCAUAGAACAAUACCUUCUUUGUGGAAUUUUUAUAUUUUGCAGUUAUUUACAUUUAACUGAUUUUAUGAUGCUAUACUUUACAUGGAACAAUGGAAUUUGAAAAUAAAAAGAAAUAAACUUA